AUGGACAACGAGGUAUCAUUCGAAUUCAGCACCUCAACCCAUGAAUUCGAAAUUGUUGAAUGUGGUGUCCAGAUCUUGACACACGACGAUGAUGAUGAGAGUCUCUUUCCUGGGAGCCAUGAAUCUGAAGACGACGAUGAAAUUGAACGUCUCUUGACUCGCUUAAAGACUCUCGUUGCUGGGAGCCAUGAAUCUGAAGACGACGAUGAAAUUGAACGUCUCUUGACUCGCUUAAAGACUCUCGUUGCUGGGAGCCAUGAAUCUGAAGACGACGAUGAAAGUAUCUCUGAUGGGAGCUAUAAAUCUUGUUCAGAACAAGUGUCUGGAGACGACGAUGAAAGUCUCUCUGAUUGGAGCAAUGAGGUUGAUGAAUCCAGACAGUAA